GCACGAACUUAUCUUCCCAUACACAGCCAAAGUCCAGUAAGACUCACAUCCUCUGCAUGUGACGUUCAUCUUGAGCCAAGCCCGAGCUCCACAUCCUCCCAAUUGCUCCCUCAGCCCGAGUGCUCACAUCCUCCGUCUGCAUGCGAAGGGAGACUGGCCUCAGUGUGACUCUCCGCUAUUCAGAAGGCUGACAGAUCACCGUUGCUGUUUUUUUCUCAGCCAUCUCCUACAAUGGUGGUUUUAUAGCAUCUCCGCUUGUGUUGAAGAUUUGGUGACUUGAGUCCUGGGAAUUAUUAUUUUCUUUGUCGAGGACGCAUAUCGGCAACACAGUAACCAAGACGAGGCGCAAUGAUGGAACUAAGGAUCCAGCUCAUCCCAACAGGGGAAAUCAUUCUCUCCCCUGGGAAAAAUGGGGAAAACUUCUGCCACAACUGCAAGGUGGUGGGUACUGACGGGGUGCGGGCUAUGAUGGAGUCGGCCCUGACAGCAAGAGACAGAGUGGGUGUGCAGGACUUUGUCCUGCUGGAGAACUACACGAGCGAGGCCGCUUUCAUCGAGAACCUUCGCAAACGCUUCAAAGAGAAUCUCAUCUAUACUUACAUUGGCUCGGUGCUUGUGUCGGUUAACCCAUAUAAAGACCUGGAGAUUUACACUAAGAACCACAUGGAGAGAUACCGUGGGGUCAACUUCUAUGAGGUCUCACCACACAUCUAUGCAGUGGCUGACAACUCGUACCGUUCUAUGAGGACAGAGCGGAAAGACCAGUGCAUUUUAAUCUCUGGCGAGAGUGGUGCUGGGAAGACGGAAGCAUCGAAGAAGAUCCUGCAGUACUACGCGGUGACCUGUCCUGCCAGCGAGCAGGUGCAGACCAUCAAAGACCGCCUCCUGCAGUCCAACCCAGUACUCGAGGCCUUUGGCAACGCCAAGACAUUGCGAAACGACAACUCCAGUCGCUUUGGGAAGUACAUGGAUAUCCAGUUUGACUUCAAGGGUGCCCCGGUGGGAGGCCACAUCAUUAAUUACCUGCUGGAGAAGUCGCGUGUGGUUCACCAGAACCAUGGCGAGAGGAAUUUUCACAUUUUCUAUCAGCUGAUCGAGGGCGGUGAGGAAGACCUGCUUCGACACCUUGGAUUAGAGAGGAAUCCUCAGCAGUACCAGUAUCUGGUUAAAGGUAACUGUCCCAAAGUGAGCUCCAUCAAUGACCGCAGUGAUUGGAAGGUGGUGAGGAAGGCGUUGACUGUGAUUGGCUUUAACAAGGACGAGGUUGAGGAGUUGUUGAACAUAAUCGCCAGCGUGCUUCACUUGGGGAAUGUUCAGUAUGGUGGUGAGGACGGCAUUGCCUGCAUCACUUCUGACACACAGAUCAAGUACUUGACAAGGUUGUUAGGAGUCAACGGGGCCGUGCUGACCGAGGCACUAACACACAAAAAGAUUAUCGCUAAGGGAGAGGAGCUGAUCAGCCCUCUCAACCUCGAACAGGCAUCCUCAGCUCGGGAUGCUUUGUCAAAGGCAGUGUAUGGACGCACUUUCACUUGGCUUGUCAAUAAAAUCAACACUUCACUGGCAUACACGGAUGACUCUUAUAAACACUACUCUGUCAUCGGCCUACUGGACAUCUACGGCUUUGAAGUCUUCCAGCACAACAGCUUCGAGCAGUUCUGCAUCAACUACUGUAAUGAAAAGUUACAGCAGCUCUUCAUUGAGCUUACCCUCAAGUCAGAGCAGGAGGAGUAUGAAGCCGAGGGCAUCACGUGGGAACCGGUGCAAUACUUUAACAACAAGAUCAUAUGUGACCUGGUGGAGGAGAAAUUUAAAGGCAUCAUAUCCAUUCUGGAUGAAGAGUGUCUGAGACCAGGAGAUGCCAGCGACUUAACCUUCCUAGAGAAGCUGGAGAACACCGUGGGAGGUCAUCCACACUUUGUCACUCAUAAGCUUGCUGAUGGAAAGACGCGGAAGCUAAUGGGUCGUGACGAAUUCCGACUGCUACAUUAUGCCGGCGAAGUCAACUACAAUGUUAAUGGUUUUCUGGACAAGAACAAUGACCUGCUCUUUAGGAACUUAAAAGAGGUUAUGUGCAUGUCUGAGAACAAGAUCCUGAACCAGUGUUUCGACAGGGACGAGCUGAGUGACAAGAAACGUCCAGACACGGCAGCAACCCAGUUCAAGACCAGUCUGGCAAAACUCAUGGAGAUCCUCAUGUCCAAAGAACCGUCAUAUGUUCGCUGCAUCAAGCCCAAUGACUCCAAGCAAGCAAGUCGCUUUGACGAUGUUUUGAUCCGUCACCAGGUCAAGUAUCUGGGACUGAUGGAGAAUCUUAGGGUGAGGCGAGCCGGCUUUGCUUACAGACGGCGCUACGAGGUCUUCCUGCAGAGGUACAAGUCCCUGUGCCCAGAGACUUGGCCAAACUGGAAGGGCAAACUGUCCGAUGGAGUCGCAAUAUUGGUCAAGCACCUGGGAUACAAGCCUGAAGAGUACAAGCUGGGCAGAUCAAAAAUUUUCAUCCGUUUCCCCAAGACCUUAUUUGCCACAGAGGAGGCCCUUGAGACCAGGAAGCAUAGUCUUGCCAUCAUGUUGCAGGCAGGAUGGAGGGGCUACAGCCAGAGGUCCAAGUACCAGAAACUUAGAACUUCAGCUAUUGCCAUUCAGGCGUGGUGGAGGGGGAUCUUAGCCAGGCGCAGGGCCAAACGCAGGCGGCAGGCUGCUGACACCAUCCGCAGGUUCAUCAAAGGCUUCAUUUACCGCCACAAGGAACGCUGUCCGGAGAAUGAGUAUUUUCUGGAUUACGUGCGCUACUCUUUCCUCAUGAAGUUGCGCAGGAACAUGCCGAAGAACGUUCUGGACAAAAGCUGGCCGACGCCACCAGCAGCUCUUACAGAGGCUUCUGAACAUUUGCGCAAACUCUGCAUGCAGAACAUGGUGUGGAUCUACUGCAAGAAGAUCAGCCCUGAAUGGAAACACCAGAUGGAGCAGAAGCUAAUCGCAAGUGAGAUAUUUAAGGACAAGAAAGACAACUACCCACAAAGUGUGCCCAAGCUGUUUGUCAGCACUCGAUUGGACGGUGAGAACAUAAACCCCAAGGCCCUGCAGAGUCUCGGAAAUGAAAAGUUGAAGUAUGCGGUGCCGGUCACUAAAUACGACAGGAAGGGCUACAAGGCCCGUCCACGCCAGCUGCUUCUUACGGCAAACUGUGCCAUUAUUGUGGAAGAUGCCAAAAUCAAGCAACGCAUUGACUACGAUGCUCUAAAAGGUAUCUCUGUCAGCUCCCUCAGUGAUGGCCUGUUUGUUCUGCACGUGCCCAGUGAUGACAACAAACAGAAGGGAGAUGUUGUUCUACAAAGUGACCACGUGAUUGAGACCUUGACCAAAAUCGCCAUAUGUGCUGACAAAGUAAACAGCAUCAACAUCAACCAGGGCAGUAUAAAAUUUACCGUCGGCCAAGGAAAAGAAGGGUUUAUUGACUUCACACCUGGAUCAGAGCUUUUGGUGGCGAAGGCUAAGAAUGGGCACCUAUCUGUGACGGCUCCGAGACUGAACUCCAGAUGAUGAUCCAGAUUCUCUGUUAUCCCUCACACACACACACACACACACACACACACACACACACACACGAUGCACU